UCUCUAUUGUGGGGCUCUCUCCUCAUUCUAUAUUGCUAUUUAUAACACUCUAUUUUCCCUAAACAAAAUAAGCUCACUCAUCACUUCAAUCUGCAGUGUCUCCUCCGAAACAUAUGGCUCUCCUAAUUUCUAUCAUCAUCUUCAUCUUUUCAAUCUUCCCAUUAAGCAACAAUGCUCAAGCUCCACCUUCACCCGGCUACUACCCUAGCUCAAGAGUUGGCUCCAUAGGGUUCAACCAAGGUUUCACUAACCUUUGGGGUCGUCAACACCAAUCUUUGGACCAUGGUUUGCUCGCUAUUUGGCUCGACCGAAGUUCAGGAAGCGGGUUCAAAUCGAUUAACUCUUACUCUUCAUGCUAUUUUGGAGCUGCCAUUAAGCUCCAACCGGGUUAUACAGCCGGAGUGAUCACGUCUCUCUAUAUGUCAAACAACGAAGAGCACCCAGGUAACCAUGAUGAGAUUGACAUAGAAUUUCUUGGAACCCCAGAGAAUGAGCCCUAUGUGUUACAGACAAAUGUAUACAUAAGAGGGAGUGGGGAUGGCACAAUUAUUGGAAGAGAGAUUAAAUUCCAUCUUUGGUUCGACCCCACCAAGGAUUUUCACAACUAUGCCAUUCUAUGGAAUCCAUCACAAAUCAUAUUUUAUGUGGAUGAUGUGCCAAUAAGAAGGUACCCUAGAAAAAGUGAUGAGACGUUUCCAUUGAGACCGAUGUGGCUCUAUGGAUCUAUUUGGGAUGCCUCUUCUUGGGCAACAGACAAUGGAAGAUACAAGGCUGAUUACACUUAUCAGCCCUUCAUUGCUAAAUACAACAACUUCAAAAUCGACGGCUGUGAAGGCGGUGGUGGUGGCGGGUGCCGCCCCAUUUCUGGCUCUCCGGGGGGGUCCGGGGGGCUGAGCAACCAGCAGAGGGCGGCGCUUGCCUUUGUCAACCAUAAUUACAAGGUGUAUGACUAUUGUAGGGAUCCCAAAAGGGACCACAAACUUACACCAGAAUGCUUAUAAGUCUAAAUGUUACUACUACUUCAUGUAUCUUUAUUAUGUGCAAUUGUAUGUUACAAAAUCUUUUUAAAUUUGGAGGCAUCAUAUCAAUGUAUUAUGCAGUCUUGUUGGAUUCAAAUAUAUUUGUUAUUAUGUGAUAAA